CAGGAAUACUGAAUGGUUGGAUGAUUUCAUUUCACUAUUUUACGUAAAGAAGAAACUUAAAAAGAGUUAUUGUUACAAGUUAGUAUUAUUUAUUUUAGAAUCAUAAAAAACAAACAAACAAAAAGUGAUUAUAAUAAAUAGCAUUAGCUACUUAAAAGAAAAUACGUAUGUUAUAAAUUGUUCAAUUUGACCUAAGAAUAAUAAAGAACAAAAUAAUUCUGAUAUCUAUGAUGAUCCAACAGGAUGGUGCAUACCGAAUGACAACAACAAUGACAGUAAUUUAAAUAGUAAAAAUAGCAUUGUAUGCACAAAAAAGUCUACACAAUUUAAUCCACUUGAAGAAAAUCAUCUUUCCAUGAAUCAAAACUCAUGUUCAUUAUAUGAAAAUGUAGAUUAUUAUACAAAGUAUCCUAGUUCUGUUGGUUUGACAGAUAGUGGAAAUUUCUCUAAUCAGUCAAGUGAUGCUUCAUUCAGUAUACAUUCAAUAAAUGAUGGAAUAGUUGAUCAGAGAGUGAAUCGAGAAAAUUCAUCUGAAGAUUAUGAAGAUUUACCACCAAGUAUACCAGAAGAAUUUCGUGAUACAAAUAAUUCAAUUCAGUAUAAAUUAACUAGUACAAAUUCAUAUAAAAAUGAAACAACAUUAAAUAAUUUACAUGAUACUAUUCAUCCCUCCAAACAAUUGAACAAUGAGCUCUUGUUUUCUUUAAAUACACAAUCUAAAUCUACUGAUAAUAUAAUAAAUUCAGUAGAUAAUUUAAAUGAUAAAAAAUUUCCGGAAAAUAUUGUUCCUUCAUUUAAAGAAAUUAAUAAUGAUAAACAAUUUAAAUUAUCAUUAGAAUUAACACCAAAUAUGUUUAGAACAAUGAAAGAAUUUACAGAUUAUUGGUUACCAAUACAAGAACGUAUACAUGAUAAAUGUUUACGUUUAAUAAAGCUAUUACAUCAACAUGAUACAAUACAUUCAACACAUUUAAUAACUUCAUUAAUUACACAAUUAAAUAAUGAAUUUAUAAUUAUUAGUCAAUUAUGUACAGUAAUGAUUGGUCUUUCUAAACAAACAACAAUAAUAAAUAAUAAUUUAAUACAAAAAUUUAUUAUAUAUCGUUAUAAUAUGGAAAAUUUAGCUGAAUUAUUUAUUAAAUUAUCAAAAAAUAUUAAUAUUAUAGACUUAAACAAUCAAUAUGAAAAAUAUAAUAAACAGUCGAUUAAUAACACCCAUUUGACUAACAACAAUAAUAAUAGUAAUAAUAGUAAUAAUAUUAAUAGUAAUGAUAAUAAUAAUAGUGAAAACAGUAAAACUUUACUUGAACAAACAAUUCAACAAUUACUUACUGAAAUCAAUUUAUUUUAUACAACCAUUUUAAUAAAUUCUAAACUAUUAUUUAAUAAUUUAAUUAAUAAAUCUAUUGAAUCAAAUCAAGAGCAUUUUUCUUUAAUAAAACAACAAACAAAUAUGUUUAAUAAAUUAAGUAGAUCAAUUCCUUCAUUUCAUACAUUAUCUUUAAAUUCACCAUUACAAGUGUCAAAUAAUGAACCAAAAUAUUUAUCAAAAUCAUAUGAAUUCAUUGAUCAUUUAACUAAAUUAAAUCAAAAAAAUUUAGUGGGAAAUUUAAAUUUUCAAAAACUAUCACAAUUUUGUUUAAAUUCAUUAAAUAUUAUUGAUAAUUAUUUAAAUUAUUUAAUACAAUUUCAAAAUGAUACAAUAUUAUAUUUUAAAAGUUUAAAAAAUAAUAAUUUUUUUAUACAAUUUAUAAUAGAACAAACUAAAUUAGUAAUGGAAUCAUGUAGUCAAUUAAUACGUUAUAUUAUGUCUAUUUGUAAUGAAUUUAAAUCAUUAUCAUCUAUCCAUAAUAUCAAUGAUGAUCAUGAUACAAAUACAGUGAUAUUAAGAAAAUUAGAAUAUAUGACUGAUAAACUUUGUGAAUCAUUAAAAGGUUUAAUAAUAAUUACUAAAGAAAUAGCAAAAUUUCUUACAAAUGAAUAUGAAAUUAUAUCAUCUCAUAAGAUGAUUCCUAUACCUGGUCCAUUAUUACAACGUUUAAAUGGUGCAUUGAAAUCAAUUCAAAAUUCAAUUAAAACAAUUAAUGAAUUAAUAAAAGAAUAAUUAUUAAUAUUUAUUUCAUGUAUUGAUUAGAAAAGAUGAGCAGUUUAAUAAUCCUCAUAGAAUAUAUUCAUAAAUGAAGAAUAGUUGAAUGAAAAAUUGUAUUCAAUAACUUCAUCAUCAGCCUCUAUACAGUUAUAAGUCCAUAAUUAUGAUAUUUUACAAAGGCCAAGAAUAAGGCAUGUAUUAAUGAAUUUGGCAAAAUGAUAUGUUAAAAAAGGUGAAUGUUAACAUCUUUUACGACAUUCAAUAAAGGUGAGAAUGAUUUGGAGUAAAGUGUCCAGUCACAAUAAAUAGAAUAGUGUUAUAGCAAAAAUGAAAAUGCAAAAAUAUUGUGUGAAUAAAAUGCAUAAUAGGAGAAUUUAAUCUUGUCAAUUGGGACAACAAUAAUAAUAUUGUUGGUGUGAAUAUAAUAUGUAAUAAGUGGGAGGGUUAUUAAGGUAAUUACGAUAAACGAAUUGAGGAUGAUGGAUUUGAAGAUUAAGAUAGAGGUAAUUAAAAAAAAGAGAGGGUAAGAUGUUUAUAAUAUUCAGUUUAGGUAUCCGGUGAUCUAGUUGUGGGCCAAGGUAAACACUGUCAAAUUCAUUAAUACAUGCCUUAUUUUUGUCUUUUGUAAAAUAUCAUAAUUAUGGAUUUAUAUAACUGUAAAGCCUGAUGAUGAAGUUAUUGAAAAAAAUUGUUCGCUCAAAUAUUCUUCAUUUAAGAAUAGAUUAGAUUGAUGAAAUUUCAUUCAUGAAUUCAUCUAGUUUUUACUCAAAUCAUUCAUUUUGAGCUUAUAAGAUUUGUAAAUUUCUUAUCAUUAAUGAAUAACAUGUCUAAAUGAUACAUAAACACAUUAACAUAUAAACAUAAAUACCAUAUCAUUAUUUCAGUAAUACAUUAAGUAGUUAUUUGCAUUUUCUCUUAUUGUGUAUACAAUUCAAUAGGCGAUUUAUAUCUUGAAUUGUAAUUGUAAAACAAAUGAUUAUGCAUUUUCAUUCCUUGUUUUUGUUUUACUUCCUUGUACUAUUUGUAUUUCAUAAAAGAACAAUCAUUAGUGAAUAUAAAUGAGUUAGUUUUCAUUUUGUUGUCAACUGAUUGUAUUUUUUUAUUAUGACAACCUUUCUUCAUACUAACAGACACAUUUUAUACUGAAAGUCGGUAGUUGUAUUUAAACCCGAUUCGUCGGUAUUCUAUCAUUAUUAAUUUGUCUUAUUAUAUAUUGGGAUUUGGACGUAUGUUCGAUUCUCAACUAUUAUGACGUUUGAGCAUAAGUUAGUCUUUAGAAUUUUACUGAACAGUGAGAUUAGAAGUAAUUAAAAGGCUUACAAAAUUCACUCUUGUCACAUGUUUUUUCCACAAAUUAAUUUCAAAUAUCAUGAUUUCAG